CCGGGGCGCGGGGGCACGAGACGCGCGGCCGAGCGCCCUCGUCCUCGUCCUCGUCCUCCGCCGGGGCAGCCCGCGCUGAGUCAGCCGCGCCGCGUGGGCGGCCCCGCCCCGCCCCGCCCCGCCCCGCACCAACCCCGCAUGUGGAAGGGCCCGGCCCCGCCGGGGAGCGCAGAGCCGCCGCCGCCCGCCUGCCCAGGGCCGCACGAGGACGCGCCGCGCGGGGGCUGGCGCUCGGGGCGCUACCUCCUAAGCGGGGUCCAGGCCGGCUGGCCCAGCACGCGGCACCGCGCAGCAGCUGCGAUGGGGCGUCCGUGAGGUCUCCGGCACCGGCCAUGCACCCCGCGGGCCCCGCGGACGACAGCUUCUCUCGCUCGGCCACGCAGACGCUGUCGCGCAGCCACUGCCGCAACAUCAGGCAGAAGAUCUCGCAGUGGGAGGGGCGGGCGCGCGCGGGCGACGGCGGGCGGGAGACGAGGGACUUCGGGGUGAAGUACGACCAGGACAGCGAUGGUCCGGCCAGGGCGAGGUCGCGGGCCCCGGGGAAGGUGCGGCCCACGGAUGCCAAGAGCCUGGGCCUGGACUUCCGGGAAGAGCCGAGGCCGUGCGGUCAGGGCGAGGGGGGCGGGGGCCCUGCCGAGCCCCUCCAGCCGCAGCUGUGCCCCCGCUGCUCGGGGCCCCCGGCCCUGGACAACGGGGACUGGCAGCCGGACUUCCUUGACCCCGCGCGGGUCUUGCCCCCGGGGAACUUCUACACCUCACGUGGGCUGUGGCGGAAAACGGGGCCCCUGCCCCCCGACCCACCGCCCGUCGCCGUCGCCGUCGCGGACCGGAACAGGAAGAGGGGGAGCUGCGGCUCCGUCGAGAAGGAGCUGGCGGCCCCGGGGCUGGCGCUACCUGGCAGCACAAGCCGCAGCUCGGACAACAUCUACUCGGAGGCCGAGGGGCAGGAGGGCAGCCCUGCCCCACGCCCGCCCCCGCCCCGGCUCCCACCGCCCAAGCCUCGCAGGACCUUCCGCUACCUGUCGGAGCGGGAUGCAGCCGCCCACGCCAGUGCCGGCACCAACAUCAGCACCAGCCAGGAGCAGCUGCCGGGGGGGCGGUGUGGCAGCCAGGCGGUGCUGCCCCCCGCCAGCGAGCCCGAGCACUGCCCCGCCAGGAGAAUCCGUGGCCGGGCCCAGAGGAAAUCCUUCGAGUUCGAGGAUGUCCAGGACUUCCGCAGUCGGAGGGCAGCCGCCGGCGCCCCCAAGCCCCAGGAGACGAACGGCACGGCGGGGUCCAGGCUCUACUACACGCAGUCGGAGGACAACCUCUACGAGGACGUUGUCUAUGUUGCCAAAGAAAACCCGUACGAAGACGUCAAAGCUCUGCCUCUGCCGCUGUGGAGGGUGCCCUCGGCCUGGAAGCUGUUCCCCCCUCUGGCCACGGACAAGCCACCCAAGCCGCCCCCCAAGCCGCCCUUCUUCUGCCGCAAGACCAUGGAGCUGAAGAACCCCCGCGCCUGCGUGCGCGGGAAGCUGGUGAAGGACACGACCCUGCCCGUCACGCUGAGCGAGUGGAAGCUCUUCCGAGCCGGAGAGGCUGCCAGCAGGAGGAGGAAGGACCUUCCCCCGCUUGUGUUAAAGAUACAGGAGAUCUUUGAUUCCAAACGCGGGAAGAAGAGGGUGAAGCUGCAGCCUUGCACAGGGAAAGAAGUGCCUGCAUCCAAAGGUGAAACCAGCGGGAACGAAAGUGACUCGGAGAAUCUGCCAAAAGGUCGGCACAAGCGCCUGCUGCAGGUGCAGGUGGCCUCCAAGAGGAACCCGCACUACCAGACGCUGGAGCGGGACCUGAUCGAGCUCCAGGAGCAGCAGCUGUUCGAGCUCUUUGUGGUGGUGUCGCUGCAAAAGAAGUCGGCCGAGGCGAGCUACACGCCGCAGAUCAUACAGCAGUUCCCCAGCAAGCCUGAACAUCCCUUUCGGCAGUCCAAGGACACUGAGGAGCGGCUGAAAGUCAUCCCUGGGUUCUGCUUUCCAGACCCCAAGGACUGGGUUCCUGCUUCAGAGCUUAAAAGCGAAACCUUCUCCUUCGUGCUGACGGGCGAGGAUGGCAGCCGCUGGUUCGGGUACUGCAAGAAGCUCUUGCCGGAAGGGAAAGGGAAGCGACUCCCCGAGGUGUACUGCAUGGUGAGCCGCCUGGGCUGCUUCAACCUCUUCUCCAAGAUCCUGGACGAGGUGGAGAAGAGGCGAGAGCUAUCCCCAGCCCUCGUGCACCCGUUCAUGCGCAGCGUCAUGGAGGCGCCUUUCCCUGCUCCCGGACGCACUAUCGCUGUGAAGAGCUUCCUGCCAGGAGCAGGAAACGAGGUUAUUGAACUGUGUCGCCCGCUGGAUUCCCGGCUCGAACAUGUCGACUUUGAGUGCCUGUUCCAGUGCCUCAGCGUUUGUCACCUCAUUCGCGUCUGCGCCUCUCUCCUGCUGGAAAGGAGAGUGAUCUUUGUUGCAGACAAUCUAAGCACUUUGUCUAAAUGCGGGCACGCUGUGGUUGCAAUGCUUUACCCCUUCACCUGGCAGCACACCUACAUCCCCGUCCUCCCAGCUCCCAUGAUUGACAUCGUGUGCUCUCCCACCCCGUUCCUCAUCGGCAUUCUCUCCUGCUCCCUACCACAGCUUCAGGAUCUGCCCAUAGAGGAGGUACUGAUCGUUGACCUUUGCGCUGACAAAUUUCUGCAAGAGGUAUCGGAUGAGGAUGAAAUCCUACCUCCCAAACUCCAGGCUGCGCUUACACAGAUUUUGGAGGAGAGAAGUGAAAUUUUAUACCAAGAGCAGAAUGACAUACAAGGCGAUGCAACUCUGGCCUCCCUCGUCUCUGAAGCCUUUGUGUGGUUCUUCGUGGAGAUCGUCGGGCAUUACUCCCUGCACAUGAACGUCACGGAGAAGGGGGAGCGGGUAUUCCAGCGAGAGCCGUUCCGGAAGUCCCAUACCUCGCGCAACGUGCGCCACUUCCUGGACCUGUUCAUGGAGACGCAGAUGUUUGCAGGGUUCAUCCAGGACCGGGAGCUCCGCAAGAGCGGGGUCAAAGGCCUGUUUGAGGUCCGUGCCUUCGAGUAUUUGGAGACCAUUCCCGAGACUGAACCAAGCGGCAUGAACAAAAUUCUCCGCAGUCUGGGAAGUAAAAUGAAAUUCCGUCAGAAGAAGUGAGAGCGGAGGCCUGAGCCCUGCUGCGCCGGGCGCGCUCGGACACUGCAGCCGGGCCGCGUCCCGCCUGGGGGCGCGGUGCAAGGCCGGGGAGGCCAGGCCGGGCCGGACGGCCGCCGCGGUCCCUGCCGCCAGGGCCGUGCACGAGGCGGACGCGCGGCGCGGAGUCGCACGGCCUUCCCUGCGAGACGGGCACCUGGCACACGUGCUGGUGCCGGAUGGACACAUGCAUGUGCGCACGCACACACAUGCACUUAAGCGCGUGCACACACGUGCAAGCACUGUUUGGACUUCGGUUAAAACGAUUUGAACCCCA